CCUGGCCCUGCUUUUUGACUUUAAACUUACUUUCUCCGUCGUCUCACACUUUUCUCUAUUGCGUGACUAGAUUCCCAGGGUUCGUCUUGCCAUGCCUGGGGGUUCACCCUGUUCAAGAGGUCUCCCCAGAGGAGCAGCGCAGUGUUACUUUGAAGGAUCUGGAUGCUGCAUUGCCACUCAUAGAGCUCUACAAAGACAGAUUGGUGGGGAUCGGAGAAGUUGGACUAGAUUUCACUCCCAGAUUUGCCAGCACCGAUGAAGAGAAGGAAGGACAAAGACAGGUUUUGAUCAAGCAGAUUGAGCUAGCAAGAAGACUGGAUUUGCCUUUAAAUGUUCAUUCCCGCUCAGCUGGAAGACCAACCAUUAAUCUCUUGAAGGAACAAGGUGCUACAAAGGUGUUGCUCCAUGCAUUUGAUGGGAAGCCAUCUGUAGCAAUGGAAGGGGUGAAAGCUGGAUACUACUUCUCCAUUCCUCCUUCCAUUAUAAGGAGUGAACAGAAGCAGAAGAUGGUGAAACAGCUACCUCUGGAAAGUAUGUGCUUGGAAACUGACUCUCCUGCUCUAGGGCCUGAAAAACAGGUGAGAAAUGAACCCAAAAAUAUUUACAUUGCUGCAGAAUAUAUUGCCAAAAUUAAAGGAAUUCCAGUUGAAGAAGUUAUAGAAGUGACUACUCGGAAUGCACUGAAAGUAUUCCCCAAACUUCAGAACUUUCUUCGGCUAUAAAUUCAGAAACUGGAAUACAAUCUUGCAGAAAUUAUUAUUUGUGAUGUAAUUAAUAAAGUAAAUGUGCAUCUUGUAUUAAAGUGGAGUUUUGCUGUUGUAAAGUUCCAGAAGUGAACAGUUUUAUAUAGCUGCGUAGGAUGAAAUAGAGAAUGUCUCAAAGACCUUUUGGCAUGCACCUUUUUCACCUCUUGAAUGUGAUCAUGACACUUUGUUCAUUUGCA